CAGUACGGCCCAGUUUCCUGUCUCCUCUUCGUUAAAUCCAGCUGGAUCAGUGGCAUCACAACACGGGUUGAGGUGAGCAUGCUCAGCCAGCCUGCUCAAACGUCAAUGCGCUGCCACCCUGCGCAUAUUUUGUUCCCAAUUCCGAGCGUUCCUGCGGCAGAAGAUCGCAACUCACUCAAAACAAAAGCUGGUGUUCAAUACUGGUUUACUGGUUUAGAAGCUUUUACAUUUUUUAAAGUUGUGGACAAUAUGGAAGCAGAGAGCUCAGAGAUGGGACAGGUAGACACUGAAGAGGUAGACUUAGGUAGUCAAGAAGCAGUAAUCGAUUUGAUUGCUAAGAAGAACCCAAAUUACAAAGGGAAUGCGAAGCAAGUUCCAAUAGAUCUGCCAUCAUCCUGUCAAGAGAUCUUGCAAUCAGGCUUUCAGAAUAUAGUCGUGGAAGAAUUGGAAACCCCAAUCGUUGACCUAAAUGAACUGGUUCAGGCUGCCAGCAACUUACAUGUACAUCACCAUCAAAUUUUGGUGAACGUGAGGUUUAUUAAAAGAACAAAAUUUAAAGUUGUAAUUAUUUCCAUCUCAAUUUCCUCGAUAUAGUCAAUUCCAUUUCAACCGCCAUCUGCAGAAAAACCCUGACAAUCCUUCUUAAAAGGAAAGGAAAUUUUUGUAUUCAUAUUCUUAGCUUGUUAAGAAUGUGUCAACAUUAAUGCAUUACAACAGGCAUCCAACCAAGGAUUCAAGACGUCGAGUGUCAUGAUUUCGAAUGAGAUAGGCCUACGUGUUGAUACUCCAAUCAGCGACAACGAUGUGCCACAAACCUCUACACCGUUG